AUGGCGCCUCCUGCAGGAACUACUGGAGCCCAACUCGGACGAAAGCAAUGGGCCUUUGCAUUCGCUCUGGUGACAUCGCUAUUCUUUACUUGGGGUUUUGCCUAUGGCCUUCUUGAUGUGCUCAACGCGCACUUUCAGACCGUAUUCGGUAUCACCAAGUUACAGAGCACGCUCCUACAACUGGCAUACUUCGGUGCCUAUUUCGUGUGGGCACCAUUCGCGGGCGCAUUUAUGCGACGGGUAGGAUACAAGAAAGGCAUCCACAUUGGCCUUGGCCUAUACUCGAUUGGUGCCAUAUUCUUCUGGCCAUCCGCGAAAUUUGAGAAGUAUGGAGGGUUCGUCGGGAGCACAUUCGUAAUUGGUUGCGGUCUCUCAACACUUGAGGUCGCUGCCAACUCCUAUAUAUCUGUGCUUGGCACGCCUCAAUAUGCUGCGGCCCGUUUGAACUUCAGUCAAGGGUUUCAAGGCGUGGCAUCCUUUGCUGGACCUUUGAUCGCUUCACGCUGGUUUUUCACUGGUGCUAAUGCGACCAGCCUGGGCACUGUGCAAUGGGUUUAUCUUGCAGUUGCUGGCCUCGGCAUAGCACUUAAUAUACUAUUUUUCUUUUGUGACCUGCCCGAAAUUACAGAAGACGCUUUAGCUGAAGAAAUAAACGAGGUAGGCAUCACCGAUGGCCAAGGACCUUUCUGGAAGCAAUAUCGCUGUGUCUUCGGGUUUGUUGCCCAGACUGCAUAUGUCGGCGCACAAGUUACCGUCGCCUCUUUCGCUGUCAACUUCCUUGUUGACCAAGGAGUUGGUAUCGACCAGUCAAAGGCUAGUCAGCUUUUCUCGUUCUGCCAGAUCACCUUCACUGUGGGGCGGUUUGUUGGUGUAGCGAUACUCAACUUUAUUGACCCCGCCUUAUUGCUAUCACUCUACGGCUUUUUUUGUUCACUGUUCUGCCUCCUGGUUUCCCAGUUACCUGGGUAUGGUGGUAUCGGAUGUCUGUUCUGUCUCUUUUUCUUCGAGUCCAUCUGCUAUCCCUGUAUAUUCACCCUAGGUACCAAGAACCUCGGAGUGCACACCAAGCGGGGCUCCGGUCUUAUUGUUAUGGGUGUUGGGGGAGGGGCUUGGUACCCACCUGCACAAGGUGCCCUUGCCGACAAAACAUACACCCGCCACUCGUAUCUUGUCCCGAUGUCGGGGUACAUCGCCAUGACCAUUUAUGCUGUCGGCCUUGUUGUUGACCAAGCGAGAAAGAACGGAUUCUCGACCCGCAACCGCGAUCAGCUCACCGCCAACUUGAACCAUCAUGCCACCCCUGCUAAUUUCUCUGUAACCGACUCGCUUCCCGGUGAUGCGAAAGGGCGCCCCAGCAGCGAAAAGAAGGCUUCCAGUGACGAACUAGCCGCUGCGGUAGCAUGAGCCAAUGUCUCGAUUACAUUUACAACAGAGGAACAGUAGUAUAGCAUGACCUCCCCGAUUAGUAUGUGCACGAAUCCUUAUGUACUGAGAGAACUUGGAAAGAGAGGGUAAGAGUCUAAGGCGGAGAUGUUGUGAAAGGAAGUACAUGUACCUUAUUAGGUCAGCAAUGGUGUUCGUCAAAUUCGUUUUGUGCUGCUGG